UGCCCACUUUCUCGGUUUCCCGCAUGCUCGUGCGCUUGCUCACCUGCUUGCCCACAUACCUGCUUGCCGACUCGCCCGCCCUGGCACUUGACAGCAGGUUAAGUAACCUGCUGUCAUCUGUUCGACCGACCCGCCACGACCCACUGUACCCCACGAUUGACCCGUACCCGUUUACCACCCGCGCGUACCGGCUGAAGACGCGGCGCAGCGUGGCACCCCUGCGCGUACGGUCAUGACCCGCCAGGCAAACGGAUAUGAAGUGCAAGGGCCGGCAUAACGGUGAGCAUGGGCAUUCUGGUGGAAAACGACACACCUACGAGACGGCGGACACGGCGGGUGAAGGUGCAGCAACUCACGAACGAGCGGUAGGCACAGGCACAAUGAGCCCAAGUGCAGAAUGCCCGCGAUGAGCUAACUGCCUACACCGGCGGCGAACGCAGAUCUGAUUUUGAGCAGCGCCCGGAACGAGGGUAUUGUAUCUCAGUGGCAAUAGUGUGUCGCCAUAGAUAUUACUGUAAUGCAUCCUUUGUAUCGAUAUCGUA